AUGCAAGCUGUCGCCCCCUCCCAGCAGACCAUCCCGUGCUACCCGCCGUUGUCGGCAGUCCCCAGCCCCAUGUCCAGCACUAAAACCAACCAAAUGAAUACGUUCGUCUUCUCGUUCGAGGACGUUCUGGCGCCCAUGUCGUUCCUGGCGAAGCGCGUCGGGCUGCAGCCCACCAGGUCCUGCCUGGAGGCUGCGAAGACAUUGUACCUGCAGGACCGAUACCUGCAGCAGGCUCUGACAUCCGUGGAGGAAGAAGCCAUCGAGUUGCUGCGCACUGCGGUUGCUCUCGGCCCUGUCUUCGUGGUGACGGAGAAGAGCCUCCGGUACAUGGAGACCACGUGCGCCGCCUUCUUCCCGAGACUGGCGCAGUGGCUGGCCAGCGCCAACUCGGCGCAGCUCCGAGUGCGCGUGAUCGCUGCGCCCCAGAAGUUCGCCAACGUCGUGGAGAGCUCGGCGUGGCUGGCGCGCAUGUACCAGCAGAUCGUGAAGCUCGUGGUGUGUGAUGCACACGGCGACUCGACUCUGACCGCGGCGUCUUUGAAUCUCGCCCACCAGUUGCUACAGCGCCGCGACACCGGCGCGCUGAGUCUCGUGAGCGUCAGCGCGUCUGCUACAGCCCAGAUAGCGAGCGUCCGGGCCUUCGACGUGGCCCCGUUCCUCAUUCCGAAGGGGGUGCACGUUCCUGGAGGAGACCCAGCCAGCGCCCUCAACCUCGAGCACUUCUUCGCCCAGCUGCGCACGCUGCAAGGCUACGUGGGCGUCGCUGCAGCCCACGGCAGCGCCUUCUCCAUGUCGCUGUAG